GGGGUGGGCGCAUGCGCAGAAGACGUGGCAGUCUGCGUAGCAGCGACUGAGGAGCUGGGUCGGUCGGGCCAGAGGCCUCCGGUUGUCGGGAUGGACGAGGAUAUUUUGACCACGCUGAAGAUCCUCAUCAUCGGAGAGAGCGGCGUCGGCAAGUCUAGCCUUCUGUUACGGUUUACCGAUGAUACAUUUGAUCCAGAGCUUGCAGCAACAAUUGGUGUUGACUUCAAAGUGAAAACAAUAUCUGUCGAUGGAAACAAGGCUAAACUAGCAAUCUGGGACACUGCAGGUCAGGAACGGUUCAGAACGUUAACACCCAGCUAUUACAGAGGAGCACAGGGUGUUAUAUUAGUUUAUGAUGUCACAAGAAGAGACACUUUUGCUAAACUAGACAACUGGCUAACUGAAUUAGAAACAUACUGCACAAGAAAUGAUAUAGUUAAAAUGUUAGUAGGAAACAAAAUUGAUAAGGAAAACAGAGAAGUUGACAGAAAUGAGGGUCUCAAGUUUGCCCGAAAACAUUCCAUGUUGUUCAUAGAGGCAAGUGCAAAAACAUGUGAUGGUGUACAGUGUGCCUUUGAGGAGCUUGUUGAGAAAAUCAUACAGACUCCAGGACUGUGGGAAAGUGAGAGCCAAAACAGAGGUGUAAAGUUGUCAAACAAUGAAGAGGGCCAUCGAGGCGGCUGCGGUGGCUACUGUUCUGUGUUAUAAACUCCGGAAGACUUGUUCUUUGGUGUAUUUAAAUGGAUAGUGGUGUCCUCUGUACAUAAACUUACAUCUGCUAUUUUAGGGACCUUGCGGUUUGCACAUAUUUGUGUAUCAUGGCAGUGAACAUUUUUCUAGGAAAAUGUGCUCUGCAGCUUUUCCAGUUGAGAACUGUUAUGGUUAGCAUGCCUAAUUUGAAACUUAUAGGUUCUUUUUAUAUGUGGCAUAAGAACUUGUUGCAGGAACAAAGACACUCAAAUUUCAUAAUUAUCAUGGAAUUACUUUGGGGAAAUAUUUCAAACACAUGUUGGCUUCAUUCUGUUUAAACUCGGGUCUUUAACUCAACUAUGGCACUAUUUGAGGCACACAAAUCUCAAAUGGUACAAGUCGAUACAUGUAAAAUUUGCACAAUUUUAUUGGCAAAGGCCUUUUCUUACCAGUUUAACAGCAUGGAUAUACAAUCCCUUUUUAGCUUAAAGCAACACUUUUUCUAGCUUGUGACUAAUCCCAGUUAAAAUCUGUGAUCUUGAAAGAGGUGCAAAUUAUGUUUGGCGGGGGUUGGGUGAGAAGAGGAGAUUUUAAAUUUUUUUCACUUCAGUGAAUACUAUGAUUGUCUAAUUGGAUUUUUUUUAAAUCCUGAAUGUGUGUGUGGACUCUUGCACCAUGGCGUUCAUGAUGUAGUGUGCUGUGGACCUGCAGGAGAAUUUUUUUCUUUAGGUUACAGGCUUAAUGGAGUCUCAUUGUGAAUCACUUUGCCAAGCUUUGAAUGCUUGUUUCUAAAUGUUAGCAAUGUAACUUAAUUUCAGUAACCCAAAAUUGUUGUUCAUAUGUAAUUUGAAUGGUGUGAACCAGAUGACUGCUCAACUUGUGGCUGUUGGUUCUGAAGCUUAAAUAAUGUUUAAAAGCUCUAGUCUUCUGGGUGUGUAUGUGUAAGGCAUGUGCUAUUUCAUUGGAAUUUGCUGUAACAAACAGCCAGUAAAUUGCUCGUUUCAGAGAACUUGUAUAGACUAAUAAUUUUUUUUCACAGUAUUCACUUUUUUGUAACACCUUCCUCAUGUACAGGUGAAUUUUGUAAGACACAAUUGGAAGAUCUAUUGGACUGUUGAUCCUGUAAUAGACAAUACUAAUGACUUAAAAUACUGUGGGGUACUGAUAUAUUUCGCAGUAUGAGCUACUGUGCAAUUUCCUGUAAAUAUAUACAGUAAACUGAAAUACCUUUAUAAUGUUGCUUUUUUGUAAACUUAAGAGCUGCACACCACCUGGUCUUUCACCAAGUAUAUGAGCUGUUGUCACUUUAAAUACAUUUUACUUAAACCUUUAAUUUCCACUUUUUACACUUGUUGGGAAACUAUCAAAGUUUUGAAGUUCUAUAAGCCAAACAUGAUAAGUAAAGGUUCACACUCCUUAGGCUAAAUGAACAGUUUUCAGAUGUAUGCCACCAUUUUAAUUUAUGGCACAUUUGCUGAACUGCUUAUUGCCCAGUGUAAAGAUGGCAAAAUGCCCCUUGAAUAGAUGGGAGGGAAUCAAAUAUUAUUGCAGAGAGGUGUGUUCCUAACUACAUAAUAAAGAUUGUGAAGCAUCUGCCAUCUUUUUAUCAUAGGAUAUGUGCUUAAGUUUUGUGCGGUGUCCUGUUCUCCAUAUUCCUGUUCUUCAAUAACCAAAGUAACCUUUGCAUUUCACUUGGGAUGGAGGCUGAACUGAUUAACUGAACUGGUGGUUGUAUUUGCAAAGAUAAGAGGCACAUCUUCUUUGGAAGCCAUCUUCUUUCGGCACAUCUUCUUUGGAAGCCAUGCUGUAACAUGAAACUUGCAAGCACCCAAAAGUGCCUCAUUUUGAAUUCUAGCUUUUCCCAAAGUCCAUCUUAAAAUUUAUCUUAUGCAGUCAUGAAUGGCUUGACCAAUAUGAGCAUACCACUUUAUUUCGACAUUUUCCUUGGCUUAAUAAAGGCAUUGCCCUAAUGUGGA